ACUUACACUAUAUCCCACAACUCAAAACAUCUCAAACUAGCAAUUAAUUCAGUUCUUAAUAUUCUCUUUUCCUUCUAGGCAAAUUAACAUUAUGGGUGUCAAGACCUAUACACAUGAUGUCUCAACCACAGUUGCACCUACUAGGUUGUUCAAAGCUUUGGUUGUUGAUGCUGACAACAUUAUCCCAAAAUUGAUGCCACAUGUUAAGAAUAUUGAGACUCUUGAGGGUGAUGGUGGUGCUGGAAGCAUCAAGAAGAUGAACUUUGUUGAAGGUGGUCCAAUAAAGUAUUUGAAGCACAAGCUUCAUGUGAUUGACGACAAGAAUUUGGUAACAAAAUAUUCACUGAUCGAAGGUGAUGUUCUUGGAGACAAAUUGGAAUCAGUUACCUAUGAUAUUAAAUUCGAAGCUUCUGGAAAUGGAGGCUGUGUUUGCAAGAGCACAACUGAAUAUCACACAAAGGGUAAUUAUGUUUUGAAGGAAGAAGAACACAAUGAAGGCAAAAAACAAGGCAUGGAACUUUUCAAGGCUGUUGAAGAGUACCUCCUCGCCAAUCCUUCUGUCUACGCUUAAGUGAUGAAAAUGAACCAGACCCAAACGAACGUGAGAAAUCGUUUAAUAAAUAUUAUAAUUAAAUAAUUUAAAGUGUAUGCUUGUCUCUAAAGUUGGAUGAGAUAGAGAACUCAACGUAACGAGUGUUUAUGGAGUUCCAAGGGCUUGAGUUUUUGUUAUAGUUUUCUUGUUCAGUGUGUGUUCUUUCCAAUUACUAUGUCAUGGAAAGAACUUUUUUGAAUAAAGAAUAUUGCAAACUUUACUUUCCAAA